AUAAAUCUAUUUUAGUAUGUGAGGUCCUGGGAACAGGCUUAGUUUAGUUUCACAGACCCAAGGCAAGCAUUUUAAGAGAUGUCUGCCUCCAAAAUCCCCGCAAGUUUGGAAUAUGAAAGACGGUCAGAUGCAAUUUCUGUGGCGUCGUGGUGGGGCAGGCACAAUGGUUUGUGGGCCGGUGCGGCUCCUGAAUUUUCUUAUCAGUGGGGAAUUGCGGUGUGCUGAGAUGCCAGCAAUAUCUUCCCUGCUGCUGCUGGAAAUGCAGCAAGCCGGUGACACACGCGUAAACAUACACACGUACUUGCGAACCGCGCGCGCCGGCAGCCUGGAUGCCCCGCAAAUGUGGCUCAAUCAUUCUAGAACAAAGGGGUGCCUUUGAUCUUUCCUCAGCCUUUUCUCGCUGUAUCUGUCAGUGAUGUGGUCACGGUAGCGUGUGUCCACUCCCUCACUUCCACAUUUGCUCUGAUGGGCCGCCGUUAUGAUGUUGCGGUGGAUUGCUACGGUUUUUAGGUCUGUAUUGCUUCCAAUCUCCACGACAAUAUUCGCAACCCGAAAACAAAAAGCUAAUUUUCUUAUCGCAGAACAAACGGUACUUUUAAAUUCAAACUUACUGAUUGUUUAUAACGUAUACAUUUUUUUUUUUUUUUUUAAUGUUCUCCGGGCAGGUGGAAGGAAGAAGCAAACGACGGGCGGAUGCAAAGCAAACGGCAAGCGGCUUCAUUCACAAUGUUUUGUAUCAACAAAGUGAGCGGUUUUAUCUCCGCACUUGACAGCGCGAGCCGAUAAGCAUUGCUGAGGGAGAGACGCGGGCUGCUUCUUUAAACCUUCUCUCACCCCCACUUUCCCUCUCAUUACACCACUCCCCCUCCCUCCCUCCUUCUCUCUCUCUCUCCCUCUCCCUUGCUCGCUCUUUGUCUUUCCCCUCCCCUCUCUCCCUGCUCCGUCUCUCUGUGGGCACAGACACUACCCUGUCUCACUCCAAUUGGCUAGGAAGCCACCAAUCUGGCGUCCGGGAGGGCCGGGGGGACUGCAUAUGCAAAGCCCUGCUUCAUAUUAAUGAGCAGCAAUCGUGGCUUUAAGUCCUUGAUUAGAAGAGUGCAAGAGCUUUUGGUCCCAACUGGCUGUGCCUAUAGGCUGUCACCGGGAGAACGGUCCUGUUAAUUGCACUGCUCAGUCACGGAAGGGAGAGAGAAGAGGAGGAGGUACAGAGAGAGAGAGUGAGAGAGAGAGAAAGAGGAGCGGAGACAGAGAAGCCAGAGAGAGAGAGAGAGAAAACUUUAAUUUAUAGAAGAGGUUUGCUCAAACGAUGAUCGCAGAGCGCACAUGGAUUCGGUAGAACUUUCGCUCCCUGAGUGUUUUUCUCUGCACUCCGAACAACAAAUGAAUUUAUCAAAGGCCCAAGUUAAUAGCGAAGAUAAGUACGCCAAAUGCGGCGCUUGGAGAACACAACAGCAAUACGACAUCGAGGCCAGUCACAUGCGUGAUGCACAUGCUCUAUAUAACCAAAGGCUGCUCUGCAGAAUGUCCAGCAAGGACCGCCACAUUGAGUCGAGUUGCCCCUCCUACAUAAAGACAGAACCUUCCAGCCCCGCCUCACUGACGGACAGCGUAAAUCACCACAGCCCCGGCGGCUCCUCAGACGCCAGCGGUAGCUACAGCUCCACCAUGAACGGCCAUCAGAACGGUUUGGACUCUCCCACUCUUUACGGCCCAACUGGUGCUCUUGGUCCCAGCGGAGCCGGAGCCAAGCGUUACGAGGACUGCUCCAGCACCAUCACAGAGGACUCGCAGAUUAAAUGCGAGUAUAUGCUGAACUCCAUGCCCAAGCGCCUGUGUCUGGUGUGCGGGGACAUCGCCUCCGGCUACCACUACGGCGUCGCCUCCUGCGAGGCCUGCAAGGCCUUUUUCAAGAGGACCAUUCAAGGAAACAUCGAGUACAGCUGCCCCGCCACCAAUGAAUGUGAGAUCACCAAACGCAGAAGGAAGUCCUGCCAAGCCUGCCGCUUCAUGAAGUGUCUGACUGUCGGCAUGAUGCGAGAAGGCGUUCGACUGGACCGUGUGCGCGGUGGAAGACAGAAGUACAAACGCAGGAUAGAUGCAGAAAACAGCCCCUAUUUGAACCCUCAACUGGCUCUGCCUCCCAAAAAGCCAUAUAACAAGAUUGUGUCUCACUUGCUGGUGGCGGAGCCUGAGAAGAUCUACGCCAUGCCUGACCCCACAGUGCCCGACAGCGACAUCAAAGCCCUGACCACGCUCUGUGACCUGGCAGACAGGGAACUGGUGGUCAACAUUGGCUGGGCCAAGCAUAUCCCAGGGUUUUCCACACUUUCGCUGGCGGACCAGAUGAGUCUUCUGCAGAGCGCGUGGAUGGAGAUCCUGAUCCUGCGUGUAGUCUACCGCUCGCUGUCUUUUGAGGACAAGCUGGUCUACGCUGAAGACUACAUCAUGGAUGAGGAUCAGUCCAAGCUGGCCGGCCUGCUCGACCUGAAUAAUGCCAUUCUUCAACUGGUGAAGAAAUAUAAGAGCAUGAAGCUGGAGAAGGAGGAGUUCGUCACUCUUAAAGCUAUAGCCCUGGCUAACUCAGAUUCCAUGCAUAUAGAGGACGUGGAAGCUGUGCAGAAGCUCCAGGACGUGUUGCACGAGGCCCUGCAGGACUACGAGGCGGGCCAGCACGCAGAGGACCCGCGCCGGGCCGGCAAGCUGCUCAUGACCCUGCCGCUGCUCCGGCAAACGUCCACCAAGGCGGUGCAGCACUUCUACAGCAUCAAACAGGACGGCAAAGUGCCCAUGCACAAACUGUUUUUGGAGCUGCUGGAGGCCAAGGUCUAACUCCGCCCCCCCCGGCCCCGCGUUAUACCGACAGAGAGCUGGAGGGGGUACGUCACUGACUCCGCCCCUUCGCCGGGCAGACACUGACUAACUCUCUGCCGCUGUUCAUGAAACCUUUGUCUAUAAACUUUAUCAAAUAAUAACUAAAAACAUAACCGUAACGGUACUUCUAAUUACUGACAAUGAUACGUAAAUAUAAGAAUGAUUUAAAAUGUGAUUAUUGAGAAAAAUAUGAAGUGGAAAAAAAUGACUGCUCUCAUUAUUCAGCAGUGGGACUUGAAACCAGCCGUUGACUUGUUCUUCUCGAAAAUCUGAUGCUGACUUUUUUUGUGCUUUUGAAACAUUUUGUUGAUUUUCAAAAGAGAAUUACUGGAGCCAAGAAAGACCAGCCCUGCCAAAGGAAGGAGGUCCACCCGAUGGACACCAGCAAGCGAAACUUUCCCCAAACUGUACCGUCCAGCUCCCAUGUUGCUGAAGGAAUCUCGGAACCGACCCUCUUUACCAUAAGAGUGUGGCGUAGUGACUUUGCGCAGUAUUACGUUAGAGGUCCUCGGAGCAGUUUAGCCAAACGGAGAUUUUCACGUCUUUGAAGAAGCUGCUCCUCACCAUUAUGUAGCCAUGCGGAUUGAUCAUGUGUGUGUGUCACUCCCUCGUCCUUUUCUUUCAAGUCUUCCAAACACGUCUAGCCUCUUUUAAUGAUUUCAUUUCAAUCUUUUCAGGGAAUAGCCGAAGCUUUAGUCUCUCAUGCAAUACCGAGCAAAGAUGAAUCGCAGUGGUCAAGGAACAGACUCGUUUAUUUAUUGACUUUAUUUUAUUAUCUUUUAUUUGAGUGUAUUUUUACUGUACUGAAGGAUGUAAAUAUAUGGUAUGGUCAUCAAACACAAUGUUUCUUCAUAUAAUGUUAAUAAUAGAUCGUUAUGUUUUUCUACCGACCGCCGUGUUGCGCGAUUUACGAACCGUGAAGAUGAAAACCUGCUAUCUUCUCUAAGCAAUAGAUGUUUAAAAAGUGGAGGUGUAUAUGUAUGCAAUUUUUGUUUGCUUUUUUUCUUUUCUUAGUGCCACACUUACUUGGGAAAAUGAAUUUCCAGAAGCUUUCGCGUUUCUGUCUGUGCUUGUCAUAAGAUGAUAGAUUACAUACAUGAAUAUGGCCAGGAGGACCAUAACCAUUAUCUCAAGUCAAUUAUAUAUGCAUAUAUAUUAACGUCAGCCUCGAAAUUCUAUUGACAUUCUUUCAUAAUAAAGCAGUAUUUGAACUUUGUUAAGCAAAAUAGCACUUAGGGAAGACGGAGAAACAUCGUAGAUUUAGUUUCACGAUGGUCCUGAUUUUUUUUUUUUUUCUUUUCCUUUUUUUUUUUUUUAGUGCCAGAGAUAUCAUACACAUGAUGUAAUCUUCUUCCAAAUGACAUUUUUAGCAGAGAGGCUCAAGUAUCAAAGCAAGCGAUCCACAGCCUUCAUCAGAAAUAUGUCAGUAUUAGUAUGGGGUAUUUUCUGAUUAUUCUUAAGCAUUGUAUAUUGUAAAUGAACAGAUUAAAAAUCUAACCUAAGACAUUUUAUUGGAACAGAUCAAAGAAAAAAAAAGAAUGAAAAAUGAACAAAAAAAAAAAUGUAGUUCAGCUUCUUGGUGUUUCAUGUCUGCUGUGUUUUUUCUGAAACAUCUCUGUUUUUUUUUUGUUUUUUUUUUGUUUUUUCCCCCCGUUUCCUCUGUCACACGCAAAAGAUGUAGUGUACUACCCGUGGAGAUUUGGUUUAUCUUCUUUCGUUUUUCUUUUCUAAUUUAGUUCAUUUUUUAGAGACAGGGUAGAAUUAGAGACAAUACUGGAUGUAUGAAUCCUCAGGAGCAAGAUGAUGGGUUCUCAAAUAACCUUCUGAAGAAAAAAAAGAAAAAAAAAGACUCUUCCUAGUUACCGCAGAUCAACCGAUCAACGAUCAAUAUAAUCUAUGCUGAUAUAUAAGUGAAUAUUUAAAAGGAGGUGCAUUAUAUGUACAAGAGACCAUCUGUGUAACUCCGAUCUUGUAGACUAACACUGUAUAUCAUAGGUUACGAUGAAAAAUAUGCUUUGAAAUAGUACCCUUUUUCUUCCUUUUCCCCUCUUUUUCUGAUUUUCCUUCUCUUUUAACAAAAUGCUGUACAUAAGGCCUUCAUGCUGAACUCCAUUGGUAUAUAUCUUGACUCUUUAAGGUUGCAAAGGGAAGAAACAUUUUUGUUUGUUUUGGUGUAAGAUCGGUUUUCAAAACUAUCACUUUGACUUUGUGUGCUUAAUAAAAAUGACGGAAAAAAAAUGAAAGAACAGAUCAUUUUUUAAGACGAACGGGGAACGAGGGUUUUUAGUUGCUUUUCUCGGUCUUGUUCUAUAAAUACACUGUAUCUAUCAUUAGCUAUUCAAAUCUCUUAAUAGAUUGUGCUUUGGAAAGGUUAGUGUAACGUAACUAGAUCUUAUCGCUCAUGGCAACUCAUCAGAUGGUCAAAACAUGGGGUUGGGAGGGGGGGGGUCUUGCUGUUAAGAAGACGUUGGCACUUUCAAAUUUUUCACGUGAUCAACUCCUGGCAGAUGAGGUGCUGUUUUCUCUCUUUCAUUUUUGUUUCUUUCUUUCCUUUUCUUUUGUGUUGUCUUUACUCUGAGGUGAUCACGAUGGAAAUGAAGCGAUAUGAAACUAGAUAAGCUUUCUAAUUCCGGUCAGUUUUGUAAGAUUUCAUUAAAAACGAGAGCAAGUGGUCCUGAUCUACACUCAGUCUUUCAGAUAUGCAUUUUUUCCGAGUUGCUUUUAGUGAAGAAAACGAAAAACGAAACGCUUUUGUGACACGUACUGUGUAAUUUUGGACAACAAAAAAUGGUACACGGACCUCUCGAACCAUUUAAAGACAAUUUUACUGUCUUUUAACACUCAUCUAUCCAGCAUAGAAAUGAAAGUGUAAUUAAUCCGUACCCACAAUGACCUUUUUUUUAGAGAUAUUUUCUUAUUUAAGCAAUAUGACGGUGCAGUCGUUGUACAAUGCGAUUCAAUUAGUGAUCAAAUGCUGUAUCUAUUGGACUAUUUUGCAAAUUAUAGGAUUAAGGAUGAACAAAUGUAAAAACAACUGCUAUUUUUCAAUGUUGAAGAGAUUCUAGGUGUUGGUUGUAUUUAUUCAUGCAUUGACACGUCUGCCAAACGCAUCUAGGCUUCCUGGCAGUCUAACACAGAAACCAGUGAGGGAAAGGACAAGAUCCAGAGGAAGGGGAAAGAAUAAAAGAGCAUUUGAGAAGCUUCUAUGAUCAGUAUGAUAAUGAUAUAUUUCAACCCAGCAGUUGCUGAAACAACCUGUAGUGAGAAUCAUGUCUGUAGUUUUUAGAUGUGCUCCACAUCGGUAAAACUAUUAACUGUAUAUUUUUGUGAUGUGCAUCAUUACAGUGUGCUCCAAACAAUAAUGUCCAUUUGUGUAAAUGUAUUUAUUUUACAUUGUAUAUAUUGUUCAAUGCAAAAAGAGAGACCUAUGAUUCUGUAACUACGAUCAGUUCAGAUGUGUAACUCCAAUUAUGCCUUUCAGGAUAAUAGUAGAGCAAUAUUAAACAUGCUUCCAGUUUUGA